UUUCUUUCUUUUUUGUUAUAUAUCUAUGAACCAAAGCCAAUCUAAAAAAAAAAAAAAAACCCAUAGAAAAAGGCAAACGACAAAACACUUGUCAAAUCAAAUAACGGCUAAGAAUUUUAUAUAAUAUAAUCAUCAAAUCAUUACCUUUCUCUUCUUCCUUCCCUUCUUCCAAUCUCCAUCAUCCCUCUGUAAAUUUUUUAUCUUUUUCUAAACAUUGACUGAAAAACCUAUAUGGGAUUAUAGCAUUUGGAUUAUUCCACAAAUUAAAGGGAAAGAGGAAAAGAAAGAUUUGUUUUUUAUUAUUAUUCUUGUUGCUUUGGAUGAUUGGGUGUGAGAAAAUGGCAUCACUUUUUAUGAGGAAAGCAUCAACAGCUGAAUUAGAGAUUUUUUACCCAAUUAGAACAGAAUGCCAAGAAGAUGUACCCAAGACCCGUUUUAAGCUCAGGUGUUGUUUUAAUACCUACUUUCACAGGCAGGGAAAACUCUAAGCCCAAGAAGAUGGAAUGUUGCUUUCUCUGAAGAUGGUCAUCUCGAUAUUGCCAAAGUUCUUAGAAGGAUCCAAAGAGGGGGCGUUCAUCCUUCGAUUAAAGGAGCGGUAUGGGAAUUCUUGUUAGGUUGUUAUGAUCCAAAUAGCACCUUUGAAGAGCGAAAUAUCCUUAGGCAGCGACGGAGGUAAGGGAGCAGUAUGGCUCAUGGAAAGCUGAAUGCCAAAAAAUGGUUCCAGUUAUCGGUAGUGGAAAGUAUAUCACCGCAGCUAUCAUUACUGAUGAUGGCCGACCAAUGGAAGAUUCAACUAUCGAUAAAAUGAGUGAUUGUGAGGUUAUGUCUACAUCUUCUAUCAAUUCAGACAAAAAAGUGAUUCAAUGGAAGCUUUUAUUGCAUCAAAUAGGAUUAGAUGUGGCCCGAACAGAUCGAGCACUUGCCUUUUAUGAGAACGAAGCUCAUCAAGCCAAACUUUGGGAUAUUCUGUCUGUUUAUGCUUGGCUAGACAAUGAUAUUGGUUAUGUUCAAGGAAUGAACGAUAUUUGCUCGCCAAUGGUAAUACUUCUUGAUGAUGAAGCAGACGCAUUUUGGUGUUUUGAACGAGCUAUGCGAAGGCUGAGGGAAAAUUUUAGGUGCAGCUCAAGUUCCAUAGGUGUGCAAGCUCAGUUGUGUACACUGUCUCAAAUAAUCAAAGCUGUUGAUCCUAAGCUUCAUCAACACCUCGAGGAUCUAGAUGGCGGGGAGUACUUAUUCGCAUUUCGAAUGCUGAUGGUACUUUUCAGGAGAGAGUUUUCCUUUGUGGAUGCAUUGUAUCUUUGGGAGCUGAUGUGGGCCAUGGAAUACAAUCCAAACAUCUUCACAUUACAUGAGAGUGCAGCAAUUUCUGAGUCAGAUAACAGUAGUGCAGCAACCGAAGUAGACGAUAAAGUUCUAAAGCAAUGUGGAAAGUUUGAGAGGAAAAAUGUUGAGACUAAAAGUUCAGAUCCACAUAGUGUUCUUGCUGUUUUUUUAGUUGCAAGUGUUCUUGAGACUAAAAACAAGAAGCUUUUAAAGGAGGCAAAGGGUUUGGAUGAUGUUGUUCAGAUCUUAGGUGACAUAACCGGAAAUCUUGACGCGAAAAAGGCGUGCAACGAGGCAUUGAAGAUUCAUAAGAAGUACCUAAAAAAGACUCAGAAGACAUAGUCAUUUGAAGAUAUCAAUCUAUUUUCCAAACCUUUGCAUUCAAAUGGUUGGUGAAUUCAUCUGUGUGAUUGCUUCAAUAAACUGAAGUAUGAAUUUUGUAUUUUUUUUUUUUAAUUCGAAAAGGAAAAAAGAAAGAAAGAAAAACAAUCAAUCUUGCUAUGUCAUAUUUGUGCAAAUAAAUUAUUUGUUUUGUAUAGAUACUUUUGAUUAAGAUUAAUUUGUUUGCAUAAUUCCAAGC